CACAUUCAUAGACAUUCAAAGACAUUCAAAGAAAUUAUUAUAGUUUUAAAUUACAAGUAUUUGAAUUUAUUUGAAAAAAUAAAAACCUCUAAUACUAUGGGCAUAAUAAAAGACAUCAAAGAUAUUGCAGAUAUUAUAAACUCUCUUAAAUGGGUUCACUGGAAGAGUAUAUUUUUGGCAAUUCUGACUGCAUGCCAAUAUAUAGUAAGGACAACUACAAGUUUAACAAGUCGAGUCCAUAAAAUUAUACAUCAGCUAAUACGCGGCAUAAAAACUAUUGUGAGACCCCCACAUUCUCCCAGAGCUCUGAAGAGGCUUGCGUUAGAUUGUAAAGAGCGACGGCACAGGCUUGGAGUCUCGCAAGCCUAUAUGGGCAGGAUCCUGGGCACCCUACCUGGUCUGCAUAUACUGGCCCAAGAUACAAUUUCACAUCUGGAGAAUGGAAAUAUGACUAUCAAACGCAUGCGUAAACUAAUGCCCCAAUAUGUGAAGGCCCUGGUGAUGGAGGAGUCGCGUCAGGAGCGGCCGGAUGCCCCGCUGGAGGAUCCCGAUGCGCCCAUCGUGCGGAAGCGCGCAUGGAGAAGGAGGACGAUUAUCGAGGCAUCGGCCAAGCAAAAGCUGAAAGAAAAAUUUAAAGAGAAUCCGAGUCCAUCCAAUGAAGAAAUCACUCGCUUAGCAACCGAGAUUAAUUUAAAUUAUAUGGUGGUCCGGACUUGGUUUGCUAAUCAAAGGCAACAUAGAAAACGUAUGUGUAACCGUUAAGGACUGACUAACAGCAAGAGCAACAACAGAAGAAGCGCACGUACAAUUAAAUUUAGUUUA